UGCGCAACAGUACAGAUUUCGUCAACUGAAGUUUCCUGGUUAGUUAUUCUGCUAGACAAGAAAAUUCCAAGCUUAUUGAUAUUUUAAAUAUUGGCAUUAUAUUUUUCAAAUAGUAUACCGUGAGUUUGGACUCUGAGCAUUAGGUAAGAAAAUCAACAUUUUAUUCUAGUUUUAAUCCCCUCUCCUAUGACGUUGUGCGGAGUAGCUGAACAGCCUACGUUGUCUACAAGCUGCCAAGUAUUCCAGGCAAAAAUGUCUGUUCUCAACCAGAGUGGGGAGGAGCAAGUGGAGUGUCCUCUGUGUAUGGAGCCGCUGGAAGUAGAUGAUUUAAACUUCUUUCCAUGCACUUGUGGCUAUCAGAUUUGCCGAUUUUGCUGGCAUAGGAUUCGAACUGAUGAAAAUGGCUUGUGUCCUGCAUGCCGCAAAGCGUACCCAGAAGAUCCAGCAGAUUUCAAGCCUUUGUCGCAAGAAGAAGUAGCCAAGCUGAAAGCAGAAAAACGUCAGAAAGACCAGCAACGUAAACAGAAGAUCACUGAGAACCGCAAGCACUUAGCAAAUGUGAGGGUAGUCCAGCGGAACCUAGUGUUUGUGGUGGGCCUACCCAUGCGUCUAGCAGAUGCUGAGAUAUUGAAGAAGCACGAAUAUUUUGGAAAGUACGGCAAAAUCCACAAAGUAGUUAUAAACCAGAGUACAUCCUAUGCCGGUUCACAGGGUCCAAGUGCAAGUGCUUAUGUAACGUAUCAAAGAGCAGAUGAUGCAUUACGAGCAAUUCAGUCUGUGAACAACAUAAUGGUCGAUGGGAGGACUGUGAAAACAUCGUUAGGGACCACAAAGUACUGCUCACACUUCAUGAAAAACCAGACGUGCCCUAAAGGAGACUGCAUGUACCUUCACGAUCUAGGGGAUCCUGAAGCCAGUUUUACUAAAGAAGAAAUGCAACAAGCGAAACAUCAAGAAUACGAAAAGAAACUACAUGAUCAGCUAAUAAACGCAACUUUAAAUAGAAAACCAACGCCCAGUCCACCAGCAGUAACCAGUUCAGGGCCUGUAGUGUCGACUACACCCCCAACGACACAGCAGGCAGCCAGCAAGGAGGCGUGGCCAUCCCUGGCCCUGCAGCCUGGUCAACCCCAGCCCUCUUCAGGUUCUGUGAUAGUCCCAGUGCCCGUAGCCCCAGCGAGUGUCCCACAAGCUUCUCCACCAAACACCAACUCCAGCUCGAAUCACAGUAAAGGCGAAUCUCGUAAAACAAACAACUCGUCAAAAAACCACAAAAAGCGACCACAAUCUGGGGAAGACAGAAAAACAAAAGAAAAUGGCAGCACCUCUCAUUCACAAGGUACAGAUCUCUUGCCACAUCAUCAGUGGGAAACAGAAAUAGGUCUAGAUAAUGGAGAGGUGACAUACAAGACAGCACCACAGUUAAAUUCACAUUCAGAGUCACUUUUGACGGGAAGGCACAGAGCAGCUACCCUGUUGGAACCAGAUAAUAAUUCUUUCUUUUCUUCUAACUUUUCCAAAGUAAAUUCUGGACUCAACACAGGGAGUGAGUAUUCACAAAAUUAAGUUCAAUAUUUAAAAC